AUUUAGUAGAUAUUUUGUUUUUAUAAAUAAAAUACUCAAAAUUUUAGGUUAUAAGGUUUAAACAUCGAACUUUGGCUAUUAUAAAUUCGAUUUGACGAACAACCUUAUAAAUAUAAUGCCUUUAAAAAUCACUCCUCUAUGUCUACUAGUUCGUAGUAAUUUAAUAGUUUGUAGUGUGCCUAGAAUGAUGGUUACCCGGCAUAAUAGUUACAUGCCAUUAUUCAAAGAAUCUUUAAAGGCUGCAAAAAAUAUUGCUAUAGUCACUGGUGACGAUAUUAGCACGGAAUCUGGUGUUCCCAUUUACGGCAAAACUAGUUCUUGGAGGAAGUAUCAGACUGCCUCACUAGCAACAUCAGGGGCUUUCUUAACAUUCCCUAGUUUAGUUUGGGAAUUCUAUCAUUAUAGACGAGAAAUGGCUGCAAAAGCACAACCUAAUGAGGCUCACAAAGCGAUAGCAUUGUUCGAAGAAAAACACGGCAAAGACAAGUCGAUAACUGUAAUUACACAGAGUAUAGACGGACUUCAUUCUAGGGCCAACACUAAAAACCUGAUAGAACUGCAUGGCAGUCUGUUCAAGACAAGGUGCAUCAAGUGCAAUGAUGUUGUGCCUAAUAAUGACCACCCUAUUUGUGAAGCUUUAGCAAACAAGGGGUCUCCAGAUAGCAAAGAAACUAAUUCAAAUAUCCCAGAGAAUCUGCUACCACACUGCAGUAAGCCCAGUUGCACAGGCCUCCUUAGACCAGACAUUGUUUGGUAUGGAGACAGCAUAGACCCCGCUGUAAUUGAAAAAGCAGAAGCAGCAAUUUCAGCUUGUGAUCUGUGCCUAGUGGUUGGGUCACCCUCUCUACUAUUUCCAGCCGCCCAAUAUGCUCCCGAAGCAAUGGAAAAUGGGGCUAUAAUAGCAGAAUUUAAUAAUAAUACUGAUACAAACUCUAAUUACCAUUAUUCAUUUGUUGGCCCCUGUAGCACUACACUGCCAGAGGCUCUAGACAUUUAAGUAUGUCGUUUUUGAAACUGUAUUAGUAUUUUAUUGAUGUAAAUAAAAUGUGUAUUGUAAGGAAAUUUUUGAGUGUACAGCGCUAGUAUUUAUUAAAACGUUAUUAUUUA